AUGCCAGAAAAUAAUUCAGUCAUUCCUAAAGAUUUAACCAAUUACUUAAAACAUUAUGGAUUUUUCUUUCCCAAUGCCGAAAUCUAUGGGGGUUUGGCAAAAGCUUGGGAUUUAGGACCCCACGGGGCCGAAUUAAAAAGAAAAUUAAAAAAUCUUUGCAGCGAGCAAUUUUUAGUUUUCUUGUCCCAAAGGGACAAAAAUAAUUAUCAAGUGAAAAAAAAAUGCCCUCAUUGUGGCAAAAAUGAUUUUCACCCGCCCCGACAAUUUAAUUUAUUGCUAACCACUAAUUUAGAAAUUACAGAAGACAAAGAGAAUGUGGCCUAUUUGCGACCGGAAACUUGCCAAGGCAUAUUCACCAAUUUUGCUCUCAUUCAAAGAAGCACCCACCGACAAUUGCCAUUUGGGGUCGGUCAAAUCGGCAAAAGUUUUCGCAAUGAAAUCACGCUUCACCAUGGCAUUUUUCGCACCCGGGAAUUCGAACAAAUGGAAUUAGAAUUUUUUUGUGAGUCCGAGGAAAGGGAAUUGUGUAGCAAUAGCCACCGGGGAAAUUAUGAUUUAUCCCAACACAGCCAACAUUCCCAAAAAGAUUUACGAGUUAACGGGAUUAUUCCGGAAGUAAUUGAAAUUUCUUUUGGAGUAGAAAGAUUAAUUCUUGCCAUAUUACAGGAUGCUUACCACGAGGAAAAAGUGUCCGGUUCCCAAUUAGACCGCACAGUUUUACGGCUGCCGCCUCUCCUGGCUCCGUUUUUUGUAGCGAUUAUUCCGUUAAGCCAACAAUUAAGAGACGCGGCCUAUCAAUUAUACCUCAAUUUACUGCCCGAAGUCAGUUUUUCCUUAACCUACGAGGAGGCUCCUAAUAUUGGCAAAGCCUAUCGCCGCCAAGAUGCCAUUGGCACCAUUUACGGUCUGACGGUGGAUUUUGACACCGUGGACCCCAAUUCAUCCCACUAUAAUACUCUUACUUGCCGCCACCGCGACAGCAUGGAACAGAUAAGAAUAAGCCGCUCUGAGGGUAUUGGUGAUGACAAAAUCACAAAAAGCCUAAGUGAAAUUACAAUUAUGAAGGAGAACGAUCUCAAACAAUUAAUACUUGGCAAUCGCGGCCGCUUAAAGACGACAAAGAGGUUUUUAAACGACAAAAUGAAGAGCAAAAGAUUGACCGAGGCGGAAAAGGCCGAAGUUCGCAAGGAGUUGGAAAGUGUUGAUAUGAAAAUAGAUGAAGUACUACAAGAACAAAAUUUAUCAGAAUUAGCAAAAACCAACCCUACUUUUAUUUCUAAAUUUUACCAACUUUUUUACGAGCAAGGAAAAGCCUUGGUUCGGGCAAAAGCUAAAGCAUCAUUCAUUAAUCAGAGCACGGAGGAAUUGAAACGACAGCAAAAAUUUCAAGACAUUUGGGACAUUUCCAAAACCGAGGAAAAAGCAAUCACAGCGCAAUUGAAAACCUGA